UAUUCAGAUUAUUGGAAAUCAGGAGCAGAUGUUAUUUGAAAAAGAUUGUAUUUGUGGCGUAGAAAAUAUGCUGGGUGGGCCACAAACACCCGGCUCCUCUUGUAGAUGAGUAGAUCCAUGAACGUCUUUGUUUUCCUCGUCCGAACUGGCAUCUGGCUAAAAAGUGUACGGCUGGAUAGUUCCAGUCUUGCUCGCCGUUUGCACAGACAAUGUUAGGUCGAGGGUGCGAGGGGCUUUAGCAGUACAGCCUGUGGAGCUCUCUUUAACGGGAUGGGGGGCAGGGUUGCGCCGCACCAAUGGUCCCGCCCACAACUCAAAGGCCAGUUUCUACUGAACCUCUGCCAAUCUGCAGAAACUAUGUCAUAGAAAACAACACAGGUUUUUCAAUGUUGGAUAACAUUGCCUUAAUCAUAAGACCACAGCAACGCUUUUACAGUAAAUCUAAAGAGGACUGGAGUGGGUCUUUAUCCAGAUUACCUAGAUUAAGUUAUGGUAAAUUAUCUUUUCAGACUUGCUUUUUAAAAACCUUUUCUUUUUUUCUGCUUUUUUGCAGGUUUAUCAGACGAUAUAAGUUUAGUAUUUAGUGGUGAUGAGCCAAAUGGAAUUAGACCUCUUAACUUUACAUUAAUAAUAAUAAUAAUAAUUUUAGGGUAAAUUAAAAAAAGUGUUUCUUUACUCAACACUGAGCUCAGAAUAAAGGCACACAGCCAAAGAUCACUGAUAGGAAGAUCAAUUUGUUUUACUCCACACUCUUUAAUCAAAAUGUGUCAAAUUCAGUUCAUGUCCCUGUAAAGAACAACUACAAAUGAUUCAGACGAACUAGUUUUCUCCCUGACCGCUUCAGCCUGUGCUCUGCCGGCCCCACAAACACUAGUAGAAACAGAGCACAUCCAUGCACUGGGCGUUUGUUUUGCAUCCGGAGCAGCUCCUUCAUGUCCUUGCAGGAGCGCAGGCCAGGAUCCCACCCAAAGCUCUCAACUGUGCACGCUUCCCACCAUCACGAGGAAAAUCCUCUGCUACACCUGCUUUCCCAAAAGAAAAAAAAGGAGUGCAGAAAUGAAAUCAAUUCUGGAUAAAUGUGCGGCGCUCCUGUUGCUAUUUUGUGGGUCACUAUGGCUCAAAACCAAGUGAUCCUGCAGUUCCACUUCGCCACGUUUGGGGACUCCAUGCUGCAGAAGAUGAACCUCCUGCGACACCAGAGACGUUUCUGCGAUGUGACUGUGCGCAUCAACCAGCUGGAGGUUCCAGGUCACAAGGUGGUGUUUGCUGCAGGCUCUUCGUUCCUGAGGGACCAGUUCAUCCUUCAGCAAGACUCUAAAGAGGUCCAGAUCUCUAUGAUCCAGGAGGCGGAAGUCGGUCGGCAGCUCCUGCUGUCGUGCUACACAGGCCAGCUGGAGUUUCCUGAGCUGGAAUUGGUGCACUACCUGACAGUGGCAAGCUUCCUUCAAAUGGGCCACAUUGUGGAGCAGUGCACCCAAGCUCUGAGCAAGUUCAUCAAGCCUGAGGCUUCACACCAGCUCAGGGUGGAUGUGGACAGGAAGAGGGAGAAGAAGAGGCAGGAGGGUUUACCCUCGCCGGCACACAGAGAGCAGUCUCAGGUGCAGACUGUCCUGCAGAAGGAGGAGGAGGAGGUGGUGGAGGAGGAGGAGGAGGAAGACGAAGAGGAGGAAGAGAUGGUGGUAGGCCAGGUUGAGGAAGACACUAAUGAUGACAGUGAUGAUGACGUUAUAAUCCAACCCAAAAGCCCUGUCCAGAGUUUGACCAGGCAUUCCAGGCAGAGUAUGGUGGAAAAUGACAUCACCAUAGUGAAGGUGGAGUCUGUGUCAAACGCGGCAGAAACCUCCAUCACGGGGAACUUCUCUGCCACGCCUCCCACAGCUCUGCAGUCCCCUGAGCCCCAACACUCCCUCAUCAACUCCACGGUGGACAGUCGCUGCAGUGAGAUGGCGGCUCCACCCGGCAUGCCCAGGUACCCGCUCAGCCCCCCUCCCCAGUCCCCACCCGCAGAGAAACACAGCGGCCACCAGAGGAACUAUGACAAGCCGCUGCAGUGGUACCACCAGUGCCCCAAGUGUGCCCGGGUCUUCCGGCAACUGGAGAACUACGCCAACCACCUCAAAAUGCACAAGCUCUUCAUGUGCCUCCUGUGUGGGAAGACCUUCACGCAGAAAGGCAACCUGCACCGACACAUGCGGGUGCACGCCGGCAUCAAGCCCUUCCAGUGCAAAAUCUGCGGCAAGACCUUCACGCAGAAGUGCUCGCUGCUGGAUCACCUGAACCUGCACAGCGGGGACAAACCGCACCGCUGCAACUACUGCGAGAUGGUGUUCGCCCACAAGCCGGUGCUGCGCAAGCACCUCAAACAGAUCCACGGCAAGAACAGCUUCGACAGCAACAGAGGCAACCUGCACGAGGGGGGGCUGGAGUUUGAUUUCUCCCAAGUAUGAAGCUCCCGCCCCCCUUUUUAGUUUGAAAUAGGAUAUCCUUUUUAUAAAUGUACAGCACUUUCGAAAGAGGGCCAGAUCAGUAAAGCCGCUGUCAGCUUUACGAUGACUAAAUCACAGGUCUCAAACUCCAGGCAUGAAGUAGGGGGGCCUAUUUGAUUUCCAACAAACCAAACACUGAAGCCCCUUAUUGGCUAAACACACCUGACCCAGGUAAUCAGCAGCAGAUGAGGCAGGACUUUUAUAAAAAACCAGCAGGAUGCCGGCCGUCAAGGCCUAGAGCCUGAGACCCGUGAACUAAAUGAAAGGAUGGAGAUGAGGGGCGGAAGAAGGCUAUCCAGCUCUGCCUCACACUGUAGCUCCAUUACUGUGGACUGUUUAUUUUAUUUUUGUCCAAUGCCUUCAUGUCAUACUUGAACAUUCAACAUUGAAACACAAAAAAAAGUGUUAGAAAGUAGUUGAAUCUAUAAACCAGCAUGUCUUUAUGUUAGGAGAACAAAUGCAGACAAACAUUAUUCCAUUUAAUGUUGUUCGGCUGUCUGUUUUACCUAUGUAGAUAUGACGAUAUGAGCUUCAUGCAUAACGAAAAGUGUGGACACAAAUGUUGAUGUGUGAUGCAAACAUUGCUUUGUUUUUAUAGACUUUAUAUCAGAGAUCCAUUUGGACCAAAUGAAGUCCUGUGUUCAUGGAAUGGAAAUAAAAUGAAUUUGUAAUCCGUGUGGUGCAAGACAAAGA